CGAGGCUCGAUGGCCUAACCAUAUGUUCAUUUAAUCGUCAGAGGGAUUUUGGUUGUAAGAACGUAUCAAUAUUUGGAGUUGCUGAAGACACUUAAUUUCUUUAAAGGAAGAAUAUAAUUUUGCUUCAUUAGCAUGCCAUUCGUCUUCAGCCCGACAAAGAUAUACUAGAAUUGGGAUUGGUCGUAAAUUCAACAUUGGGAGGAAGAAAGUUUUUGUCUUAUCAACAAUUUCUUCAGAAGAAAAGAGAAAAAUCCGGAAUAAUCAAAACUGGUUAUUGGAUGAUUGUUUAAAAUGGCUGCAGACCUAGAAACGCAGCUUACUAUAUUCGUCCAGAAGUCUGUUCCUGAUAUUGACGCAGAUUUGCUCCAAUACGUUGUCGAUGUUGUUAAUAGUAGUGCUGAAGACUUUGAGUCCUCUGAUGAGCUGAAUGAUGCAGUGGGCCACAUCCUACAAGAAGUCAUACCAGAUAAUGAUGAUAUUCAAAGUUUAGAUGACAUCUGCAGUGGUCUUUAUCAUAUAAUAAAAGGUACUGGUGAAAAGGAUGACAAAUUGGUAACAAAGUUGAAUGCCCCAGUUCAUAUAGGAAAAAUGGUUGAGGAAUCUGCUCCAAAAGAAAUAAAACAUAAAAGCAUCUGGAACAAAGAAGUGGAAGAUAAUGCUCUGAGGACUGUUGAUGCAAAGAAACUAGAAAAGGCAGAAGCAAAAAUCAAAAUCAAGCAAGAAAAGCAAGUUGUUAAAGACACUAAGUCAGCAAAUAAAACAAAUUCUGACAGCAUGAUGGAAGGUGCAUCAACAAACCAGGUUAUUCAAAAGAAAAGUAUGAAAAUGGAAGCCAUUGGAAGAGUAACUGAUAUAAGGAUUGAAAAUUUUGAUCUUUCAUAUGGUAGCAAGGUAUUGUUGUCCAAUUCAAACCUAUUGUUAGCAUUCGGAAGGCGAUAUGGUCUUGUAGGGAGAAAUGGGCUCGGGAAGACAACACUCCUGCGAGCAAUCUCAAGACGAGAGCUGCACAUUCCCUCACACAUCAGUGUUUUGCAUGUGGAACAAGAAGUUGUUGGCGACGACACUGUGGCAGUUGACAGUGUUUUAGAAUGUGACACAGUUAGAACACAGCUUAUUGAAGAAGAAAAAGCCUUGACCGCUGAUUUGAAUAAGGAAAAACAUGACAGUUCAUGUAGUCAAAGGCUGUCUGAGGUUUACGCAAAGCUUGCAGAUAUUGAAGCUGAUAAGGCUCCUUCACGGGCAUCUGUUAUUCUAUCUGGGUUAGGAUUUAAUGCGGAGAUGCAAAAAAUGUUCACAAGAGAAUUUUCUGGUGGCUGGCGAAUGAGAUUGGCUUUAGCAAGGGCUCUUUUCAGUAAACCGGAUCUGCUGUUACUAGACGAACCCACAAACAUGUUAGACGUGAAAGCAAUUUUGUGGUUGGAAAACUAUUUGCAGAACUGGCCUACAACUUUGCUGGUCGUUUCUCACGAUCGUAUGUUUUUAGACAGCGUUGCUACUGAUAUCGUUCUAGUUCACUCGAAAUCGCUGGAUACGUAUAAAGGAAAUUAUUCGGUAUUUGAAAAGACAAAAGAAGAAAAGUUGAGGAAUCAGCAAAGGGAAUACGAAGCCCAGAAGCAAUAUAGAGAUCAUUUACAGGCCUUCGUUGACCGAUGGAGAGUUAAUGCCAACAGAGCAGCUCAGGCACAAAGCAAAAUAAAGAUUCUUGAAAAAUUGCCAGAUCUGAAGCCUGUCGAAAUAGAGCCAGAAGUUGUCUUGAAGCUACCAGACUGUGAUAAACUCAAUUCAACAGUGUUACGAUUUGAUGAGGUGUCAUUUAGCUAUGAUGAUAAAAACAAAAUAUUUGAGAAUCUGGAUAUAUCAGCAGUGAUGGACUCGAGAAUAGCGGUUGUUGGGGAAAAUGGCUCUGGAAAAACGACUCUUCUGAAGAUUCUACUCGGGGAACUAGAGCCAGUGGGCGGCAUAAGACAAACCCACAGGAAUCUUCGUAUUGGCUAUUUCAGUCAGCAUCACGUUGACUCGCUGAACAUGCAACUGUCAAGUCUUGACUUAUUCAGAGAUAGGUUUCCCGGCAAGAGUGACUUGGAAUAUAGACAUCAGCUUGGGUGCUACGGUGUAUCAGGUGAACUGGCAUUAAGGCCAAUAUCAAGUUUAUCUGGAGGACAGAAAAGCAGAGUAGCAUUUGCUGUCAUGACAAUGAAUAGCCCAAACUUCUUCAUCCUUGAUGAACCCACCAAUCACUUGGAUAUCGAGACAGUCGAAGCUCUUGGAAAAGCACUUAAUAAAUUCAAGGGUGGUGUCAUCUUGGUCUCUCACAAUGAGCAACUGAUUCAAAUGAUAGCAAGGGAAGUCUGGCUUGUCGGUAAUAGGACUGUUAAGACGAUAGAGGGAGGAUUUAAUGCCUACAAAUCGGCACUAGAAGAAGAAUUUAGAAGGUUAUCUAGUAUGUAGAGUAUAUUGAAUGGCAAUUAUGAUUUGUUA